CCUGGACAGCCAGGGCCAGGGGCCUAUACGUGGCAGGGAAUGAUGGCGGGGGAAUGAGCCUAAUGGAACAGCCAGGAACUGCAGCCAGCCCCGUCCCCGGCAGCAUGUUCAGCUGGGUCAGCAAGGAUGCCCGCCGCAAGAAGGAGCCGGAGCUCUUCCAGACGGUGUCCGAGGGGCUGCGGCAGCUGUACGCGCAGAAGCUGCUGCCCCUGGAGGAGCACUACCGCUUCCACGAGUUCCACUCGCCCGCGCUGGAGGACGCUGACUUCGACAACAAGCCCAUGGUGCUCCUUGUGGGCCAGUACAGCACGGGCAAGACCACCUUCAUCCGGCACCUGAUCGAGCAGGACUUUCCGGGAAUGCGCAUCGGGCCCGAGCCCACCACCGACUCUUUCAUCGCAGUCAUGCACGGUCCCACCGAGGGCGUGGUGCCGGGCAACGCGCUCGUCGUCGACCCGCGGCGCCCCUUCCGCAAGCUCAACGCCUUCGGCAACGCCUUCCUCAACAGGUUCAUGUGCGCGCAGCUGCCCAACCCAGUCCUGGACAGUAUAAGCAUCAUCGACACUCCCGGGAUCCUGUCUGGAGAGAAACAGCGCAUCAGCAGAGGGUACGACUUCGCGGCCGUCCUGGAGUGGUUCGCCGAGCGGGUGGACCGCAUCAUCCUGCUCUUCGACGCCCACAAGCUGGACAUCUCUGACGAGUUCUCGGAGGUCAUCAAGGCCCUCAAGAACCACGAGGACAAGAUCCGCGUGGUGCUGAACAAGGCCGACCAGAUCGAGACCCAGCAGCUGAUGCGGGUCUACGGGGCUCUCAUGUGGUCCCUGGGGAAGAUCAUCAACACCCCCGAGGUGGUCAGGGUCUACAUCGGCUCCUUCUGGUCCCACCCGCUCCUCAUCCCCGACAAUCGCAAGCUCUUUGAGGCCGAGGAGCAGGACCUCUUCAAAGACAUCCAGUCUCUGCCCCGAAAUGCCGCCCUCAGGAAGCUCAAUGACCUGAUCAAGCGGGCACGGCUGGCCAAGGUCCACGCUUACAUCAUCAGCUCCCUCAAGAAGGAGAUGCCCAAUGUGUUCGGUAAAGAGAGCAAGAAGAAAGAGCUGGUGAACAACCUGGGAGAAAUCUACCAAAAGAUCGAGCGGGAGCACCAGAUCUCCCCCGGCGACUUCCCAAGCCUCCGCAAGAUGCAGGAGCUCCUGCAGACUCAGGACUUCAGCAAGUUCCAGGCCUUGAAGCCCAAGCUGCUGGACACGGUGGACGACAUGCUGGCCAACGACAUCGCCCGGCUGAUGGUGAUGGUGCGCCAGGAGGAGUCCCUGAUGCCCUCCCAGGCCGUGAAGGGCGGCGCCUUCGAAGGCACCAUGAACGGGCCCUUUGGGCACGGCUACGGUGAGGGGGCCGGCGAGGGCAUCGACGACGUGGAGUGGGUGGUGGGCAAGGACAAGCCCACCUACGACGAGAUCUUCUACACGCUGUCGCCCGUCAACGGCAAGAUCACGGGCGCCAACGCCAAGAAGGAGAUGGUGAAGUCCAAGCUGCCCAAUACGGUGCUGGGGAAGAUCUGGAAGCUGGCCGAUGUGGACAAGGACGGGCUGCUGGAUGACGAGGAGUUUGCCCUGGCCAACCACCUCAUCAAAGUCAAGCUGGAGGGCCACGAGCUGCCUGCCGACCUGCCCCCGCACCUGAUCCCGCCCUCCAAGCGGAGGCACGAGUGACCGUGACCGACCGCCGCGCCCGCCUGGCCGGGCGGAGACUGGGGGGAGGGGAAGGGUCACCAGCUCUCGAGGUCCAUAAAGACUGAGCGAUGUUUCCUCAGCUCUUGAAAAGGAAAACCAUCAUCUUUCUUUUAAGGCUGUUCCUGGGCCCAGCAGGGAGGCGGGUGAUACUCGCAUGUGAAUGAUGGAAUUUUGUGCACAAGAACUAUGGAUAUUUUUAAUAUAUAACGUCAGAGGCAGCGUGCGUUCUUGCCUCCUCCAUCUCACAGCCCCGCACACAACGGGCCUCUGUCCUCUCCUGCCCCGCCGUACGGCCCGUGCCCACCCUGGCUUGCCCCCCACCCGGCAGCUGCGGGGGGGCCCCGGGGCCGUGUGCAGACGGGCGCCCCAGGAUCCCAGCUUGUCGCUGAACUGAGCGCGGCUUCGCUGGGCCGGUGGCUUCCUUCCCUGUGCGGCUCCGCCCCUUCCCCCGUGCUCCUGGAUUAGGUUGGUUCUGGUGCCUUCUUUGCCCUCCGUGGUGGCCCCCUAUGUACGGGCCCUGCUCUGUGCUCUCCUGUCCCACCCCGCUCCCCCGGCUUGGCCAGGCACAGAAAUAAGCCCAACUACCUUUCUCGUGGGGUCCGGGGGAUGAGUAGGUAUGCGAGAACGUUUCCCAGAAAAACAUAGAAGCUAGCUUUGUUCUGUAAAGUGACGCCUCUCAUACUUGACCGAGUUUUUCAGUAACUUCCUAACCACUUUUUCAGAAGCUGUGAUUUUGUCCCCUUUCCCACACUCCAAGUAGGGGCGGUCCCACCCAAGAGCCGUUGGAUGUACAGAGUAAACCCCGUCGGGGGCCCAAGAGCCGGCAUUUCUUGCUUCUCCCUUCCACUUGCCUGGAACAUUCUGGUGUGCCUCCUCCCCCACCUCGGAUGGGUGGGGGGCCCCGACGAAGCCAGCAUGGCUUAGCGUUCUGGCCUGGGCCUUGCGUCCGGACAGCGGAGACCAGGGACGACCCAGCCCCUCCCUUCCUCGUACCCCCAUUCGAGGAGGCCCUCUCCUACCCUCCUUCCGUCGUCCUCCCAUCGAGCAGAGGAGGGCAGCGUGUUGUCUUGGAUGCCCUUAGAGUAACCUCCCUCCAGGCUGAGCAGUGAGGGACCCGAGGCAGCGAGCCACCAGAUCAGGUGGCCCCAUCAGCUUUGCCAGCACAGCCUCGGGGGGCCUGGCCGCACUCACGGGCGUCCCCGUCACUGGCGGGGGGGGGGGGGGGGGGGCUUCCCACCAGGCACUCCCCAGGUAGGUCUCAGGGACUCCUCCAUCUGACCUCUUCAACCCCCCACCCCACCCCCCCACCCCCCCACCCCCGCCCCAUGCCUCCAGUACUGCUCUCUGGGCCUCCGCUGGGUCUGAGUCACUGGCACUGACCUUGUCACCUGCCGCUGGCUCCGGCGCACCGUUCUAUGCAGUAUCCAGUGAGGGUGGGGGCAGCCUCCCGGUCGGGAAGUCACUGUCAAGGUGCCAUGGCCCAUCCACACUUACUUGUGGGAAGAAAAAGCAACCGAAGGUAACUUCUUUUCUUGCAUUAAAAAACAUUUAAUCGUG